AUGAUAUGCUGGACUCCGGCAAACCCACUUUUCUUUAACACUUCUGCCCAAGCACCCUCAUCCAGGGGAAACAUACUGACAAUUCUUUCAUGGCCAGGAGCGGACUUCGACGGAGCGGACUUCGAGGGCGAUAAGUCGACGGAUUAUGGCUCUGAAUACGAUGGAUUUGACGACCCCGAGGAAGAAGAGUGGCGGAGGGAUGUUGAGAGCGAGGAUUUGGAUCGUGAACAAAAUAUUGAAGAGCAUGAGUAUACCAUCUCCGGUGACACGGCACAAACGGUGAAGAUUCAGCUCUUCUUGACCGAUGAGGGAAUGGACCAAUCCAGGUGGAUGAAAACCUUUGUCACUGAAUGCACUUGCAAUGAUGCCGCUGUCGCCAUUGCUCUAGCCCAGUAUAUUCAUCGAGAGGGCAUGCGCUUUGAAUUCUGGGAAAAGAUGGAAGUGCUUAGCUCGGAAAUGUGCGAUGUGGCCUUCUAA